UCCAACGGGGUGGGUCGGUUCUCCGGAUUCGCCGACUCAGCUGCGGCCUUUUUUCAGGAGGUCCUACAGCACCGAAAUUCGCCAUCACUACUCGAGCAAACUGGUGAUGUACGAGCGGUUCUGUCAGCUCCAUUCGACAUGGGAAGGCCCAAGUCUCGUGUCUGCGGUAGCCGCCUCACAGCUCCAGGAUGGUGGUUCUGUCAGUUCCAUUCGACCUGGGAAGGUCCAAGUCUCGUGUCUGCGGUAGCCGCCUCACAGCUCCAGGAUGGUGGUGUAAGCAUUCCACACGCGUCACCGUCUCGGGCACGCCUGACAGUUGUCUACGCCGUCGUGCUGGCGCAUUCACGAGACCUGGGAGGGUGA